AGUCGAAUGGAUUUAAUGCACAAGGCGAUACGUUGACCUUGCAGGAGGAGGAUGCGCCUAAGAAAUGCAGCGUGCAUUCAGAAACGGCAGAGCACUGGCGGCACUGCUGUUUUCGCUAUUCUACUGCUCUCUUCUGGUCACGGCGCAGUCUGAGGACAGCAGCAACAAGACAUCUGGCACCGCCAUCAGCAGCAACAGUAGCUUGAUCAGCACCAUCAUCUCGUCAAUCCACGAUACUCGCAACAAUGACAUACGCCAGACUACCUGUCGCACUGGAACAGUCAACUACAUCACCCAUUCACUGCCUCAGCAAUGUCUGACUCGCUUUACGCCGACCUCGAAUUCGACGACCGCUGUUACUCCCACUACCACGCCCUCUGUAUCCAGCAGCGUUAUCUAUGAAGAGUCAAAAACAACUCCCGCAGACACACCGAGUUCUUCUGCGACACAGCCUGAGAAUGAGUUUGAGACAGACUCACCGCUCGACAAUGCCAACUUUCUAUCCUUCGAGGAGUGGAAGAAGCAGAACCUGGCCAAGGUCGGUCAGUCGCCGGAUCAUGUCGGCCAGAAAUCGCGACAGGACAAACCCGCUCGUGACAUUCGUCCCAUCGACAACGCUCUUGACAUUCUAGGUGAAGACUCGGAGAUCGAAUUGGACUUUGGUGGUUUUGGAAGACAGGAAAGCCCUUCGUCCUCAAGCGCUAGCGCUCAACCUACAGUAGCUUCCGAGCCCACCCUCAGGAGUAAAGACGCUGGCAAGACUUGCAAGGAACGCUCCAACUACGCUUCUUUUGAUUGUGCCGCGACUGUCCUCAAAUCGAAUCCCGAAUCAAAGUCUGCGCAUGCUGUCUUGAUCGAGAACAAGGACAGCUAUAUGCUUAAUAUCUGCUCGAGCUCAAACAAGUUCUUGAUUGUCGAGUUGUGUAAUGACAUUCUCAUCGAUACCAUCGUCCUGGCGAAUUACGAAUUCUUCUCGUCGAUCUUUCGCAACUUCCGUGUCUCGGUCUCUGAUCGUUAUCCUGUCAAACCAGAUCGAUGGAGGGAGCUGGGUGUCUUCGAAGCUAGGAACACUCGCUCGGUACAAGCCUUCCUCAUAGAGCAGCCUCUCAUCUGGGCAAGGUAUCUCAGAAUCGAGUUUCUGACUCACUAUGGCAACGAGUACUAUUGUCCUGUCAGCUUGCUCAGGGUUCACGGUACUACCAUGAUGGAGGAGUUCCGUCAUCAAGAAGAGCUGGCUCGUGGUGAAAUCAGUGACGAUUUGGAGGAAUCUGUCAUGCCUGAUGCAUCCGCUUCUCCUGCUCCAGAACCUCCACAAGAACCACUCCACAGCAAAUCUGACUCAACGAAUUCUACGGUACAGGCUUCCUCAAACUCUAGUACCCCUAUCAAGAGCACGAACUCGAUCCAUAAGCCAUCAUCCGCAGCAUCCGAAGUUCAUCAAAAGCCUGGUACCUCGACCGUAUCUUCGGCUCAUUCAAACCCGACCACUCAAGAAUCGUUCUUCAAGUCAAUCCACAAACGCUUGCAAAUGCUCGAAAGCAAUGCUACGUUGUCCUUGCAAUACAUCGAGGAGCAAUCUCGUAUCCUUCGUGACGCUUUCAUCAAGGUAGAGAAGCGACAGAUCAAGAAGACCGAAGCGUUUCUCGAAAAUCUAAAUGCGACGGUGUUUGCCGAAUUACAGGACUUCAAGCAGCAGUACGAUCAGUUGUGGCAGAGUACAGUGAUCGAACUUGACAAUCAUCGUGAUCAGUACCAGAGGGAGAUUCUUGCGGUCAGUGCUCGAUUGAGCAUUGUCGCUGAUGAAUUGGUCUUCCAAAAGCGCAUGGCUAUCGCACAGAUGACUGUUCUGAUGAUCUGCCUAAGUCUCGUUCUCUUUGUACGA